CAUCUUCGGAAGGCGGGGAGAGCGUAAAUAGAUGGCAAUCUUGAUACAAUUUCCCAAAGCAAAGCAGCCGGUAACGUGCGAAUUAAAGGAUGAACAAGUGGCGACCAGCUACAAGAGACGGAUUUAGUAUAACUCUACCUUGUUCACAGAAAUGAGAAAACAGUUUAGAUCGUUAUAAUCCAAUGAUUAUGUUCGAAAACAGACUAAAUCGGGACUUGCGUACUUGUUUAGAGAUAUGUCAUUCAAACGAACAGGACUGUGAUUGUCGGUUUUGACAGCAUCUUAUCGAUUUAGACGAAACCAUGUCGACAGACAUAAGCCUGCACGAGCUGCUGGAUCUCUCCAUCGGGACGCCUGAUGUCGGAUCUGUCAAUUUCAGCGCACUGCACACUUUACUACACGCCAUCCUGGGACACCUGAAGAUCGAGAGGGUCACAACUACCUGGAAGGAGGCGGACAACGACCAUGACAGCCCGACACAGACUAAAGUCUUGCUGCUGGACAAAUCCAGCCCCUAUCGAGUGAUGGAGGAGAAGCUGCGGCGGAUGGAGGAGCAGAUGCGCGCGCUGGAGGCUCUGCCCAGCGCCUCUGAGCUCAUGAGCUCCGACGCCCCGCUCAGCGACAUGUGGACGCUCAUGCAGCUCCGCGGGAAGGCGCAGGCAAACGAGGACGGGGUGUCCAAGUGUAUGGACUUAAUCCAAGACCUGCUGAAGGAAGUCCAGGCACUCAAAGAGUCCAGAGAUGAUCUGAAACAGGAAGUUCAUGCUCUGAACGGUCAGCUCAGCCAGCUGAAUAUGAAUGAGCUGGCUGACCGUAUCGUGGCUAUGGAGCAGUAUUGCCACCAAGUGGAAGAUCUGGACAACACCACGAAAGAGCUGAAAGACAAGAUGGCCCAGUACCCUGUUCCAGAGGAGCUCCAACAGUGUGUCACAUGGGAAGUGAUGCAGGCCGCACUCAUCAGCGAGAGGCAGAAGAUCCAGGAGGCACGUCCAGCUGGGUUGCAGGGCACCAUCUCCACUGUACCCGUCCACCCUUUGAACCUUGGUAGCCCGAUCAAGGAUGAGAGAGCAGGUUCAGGUGGCACAGCUGGUGUAGAUCUCUCUCAUCAGGUUUCUCCUUCACAUCAGUCCCCGUCUGACGGGACGAUGCGCACUGUGACGGGUAGCCCGCUGUCCCGGGUCAGCAUUGGGGCUGAGCGCUACCCGGAGACUGUAGAGGCUCUGAAGGAGGUGGGCAGACUGAGAGACAGGCAUGAGAGUCUGGAGGUCCGUAUGGGACAGCUGGAAGCAAACAAGGCUGAUCAGACCCAGCUUCAACAUCUGCGUGAUGUCCUCGCAGCAAUAGAAGAGAGGCAGAUUCCUGACCAUGUGCCAGAGCAGCUGAAUCAUCUGAGGACUCUUGUGGACAGUCUUCUAGCAGAAAAAGAGAAGGUGUCAGAGGUGGAGAGUGUGUUGAUGAACAUGAGCUCAGACUCUGCAGGACGGAGCACAGGUUCAGCCAGCGAUCAGGACAUUGACGCCUCACAGAUAGAGCAGCUGACCCUGCAGACGACUCACAUCAGGAUUGCAGUACUGAAGCUGGAUGAGAAAGUGCAGGUGCUGAUGAGAGAGAAGAGUGACAGAGUGGAAGAGAGAAGCAACCAAGACAGACACGUACAAGAGCAGUUAAACAGCCUCAGGGUUAUGAUUGAGGAUAUGGUGUCCUCCUCAUCCUCUGCACUCUCAAAAAGUCAACAGCAGGAGGCAGUAGAGGUCAGCAGAGCAACGGAACAGGUCCAAAGCUCGGGCCAGGAUCAGGUUCAGAGUUCAGGUCAAAGUCAGAGUUCAGGUCAGGAUCAGGGUCAACAGCAGAAAGAAGGUCACGAUCCGGGCCAGGAGAUCAGUCAGUUGUCCCAGUGUUCCUACAAAGCGGAGGACAAGACCACUCACCUCACGAACCAGGAACACCGGGGCAGGAAUAAGAACACUGAUCUGGCGAGUGAUGUGGAGGGAGCCUUACUGCAGCUGCAGGCCGACUGUGAGAGACUCCACAGCACAUCCAGACGCCUGACGGAGGAGCACAGUGAGAAACAGAUCCACAUCGACCGUCUGUACAAGAUGUUGGAGGAACUGGAUGAAAAGAAAGCUGACAAGGAACUGGUGGAGAUGAAGAUUGAAAUUAAAGCAGACAAACGGGCUCUGGAGGGCAAGGUGAGCCGCAUGCAGUUUGACAGCAUGACCGAGCAGCUCAAUAAAAUGUUACAGGAGCUGCUCAGUAAGAUCAGCGGUCAGGAGAAGGACUGGAACAAGGUCAUUGAGAAGAUCUCCAGUGAAAUGGACUGCAAGUUGAACCGGAUUGAGCUGGAUCCUCUGAAGAAACAGCUGGAUGAUCGCUGGAGGACCAUCCACAAGCAUCUGCAGACACUGUCACUCCCCGAACAGGACGACGCCGCUGGACUCAGGAAACAAUUAGUGGCCCGGUUUCACUGCAUCUCCUGUGAUCGUCCAGUGGAGAUGAUGACACCAGGACAGCACAUGGUCACCCUGCCCUCAGCCCCAGGACUGCCCUCUCACAAGUCCAACCGGCCCUACUCUGUGUAUGAACUGGAGCAGAUGCGGCAGCACUGCAAGAGGCAGAUAGAUCAAGAGCCCAGUCAGUUUCCUACAUCAAGGACACCCAAGCUCCCUUACAGCCAGGGUCUGCCAGAACUUUCACGGACCCGCUACCGGCCCACCCCGGGCCCAGGAAAGAGGAGCAGCCGGACCCUGUGCAAGCAUGAGAGGAUCGCAGAAAUGGCGGAUUACAGUUACCUGGCCCGGAGCUGCGGGGGCAGCCAUACCCUCACCUACCCCAGCCGCCGCUACACCCGCAUUCAGCACAUCACCCAUCUGAUCCACAGUGACGAGGAGAGUCGGCCAGUGCCCUCCGGACCACCCCCACAGGCAGAAGAAGCCAACAUCAUGGGUUUGGACGGACAGGUCUAUAAGGGCCGAAUGAACAGCAGAGCAGUGAGGCUCUCCGAGACAAGAUUACCCACCAUCUCUCCUCGAGAAGGCAAGAUCACAUGUCAAAACCUCAUGCAACUGGAAGAGCAAAGACAAGGUGAGCCGCUCGCAGUCGCAGAGGUCCAGUGGAGUGGAUGCUGGCCAUGGAAGUGCCAAGACUCAGCGCAGCCGCUCAGCUUCCAGUAUUUCGGUGAGAGAUCGGCCCCUGUCCUCCCUGGAUUGCCUGUCCCAGGACGUCCCGCUCCAGUCCUCAUUCCAUGACACCACCACAGAGCGCAACAAAGACCUCAACCAAUCAGAAGAUGAGCCCGUGACAUCACUGUAGAGCUCCUCCAAUAGGAGCUGCUCCAUUGUUUGAAUUAAAUGUUGACAGCAGGGCGAGACACAAGCUCUGUUUGUGUACAGUGUUCAUCUGUUACGUCAAGAAUAUCUAAGUAAGCUUUAAUAAAUGUUUUUAUGGAGUCAUAUUAAAUACAUAAAAUAUCGUUGGUCAUCCCAUCUGAUUAAUAAUUUGCUUUCACAUUCUUAACUCUGUGUUGCUCUGAAUCCGACCCAGUGCUUGCUGGUGAUUUUUUUUAUUUUUUUGUUUUCAGUCAUUUAAAACCAGUACAAAGUAUCUGGAAUAUAUUCAUGUGUUUCACCACUAAUCUACCUCUUGAAACGUACAACUAAACAGCGCUCCUAUCAGUCAGUUUUACUCUUUAGUUGUGGUGACAAUCUGUCCCACUGCUGCACCAGUGUUGAAAGUAUGUUUCUGUAUGAGUUAUUGCACAUGUAUAAAAAUGACAAGUCAGUAAACACUCAUAAACAUAA